AUGUUGUCGACGCUGGAGGAGGUGGCCCUGCAUCAGCAGCACAUAGAAAAGAUCGAGAUGCUAGGGCAAAUCUGCCGGCAUCUUAAAAUCCUCUACCUUCAAAACAACUUGAUUGGAAAGAUCCAGAACCUGCACAGGCUAAAGGAGUUGGAAUACGCCAAUCUGGCGAUCAACAACAUCACUCGGAUCGAGAACCUUCAGAAGUGCGAAUCUCUACAGAAGCUGGAUCUCACGGUGAAUUUCAUCAACAAGGCCGGGCUGAUGAGCGUGCGAAGCCUCAGCAACAACAUCCACCUGAGGGAGCUGCAGCUGGUGGGCAACCCUUGUACGGAGUGGCCGUACUAUCGGCAGUACGUCGUGGCCACCCUGCCUCAAUUGCAAAAAUUGACGGCUGCUGUGAAGGACGGCAGGGACGUCAAGCGGUCGGAGAGGAUCGCCGCGCUGCAGGUGCUGCCGGAACUCGAGGCGAAGCUGCGGCGGGAGCUGCUGGCGGAGGGAAUCGAUCCGGAAGCUGCCGCGGCCGUGGAGGACGACAGCCUGCUGGCCGAAGAUGCGGAGAUCGAGGAGACCGGGUACAUGGACGAAAACGGGGAAAUGAUGCGGCCGUGGUGCCCCAAGACUAGGAUCCUGGAUUACAGGGAGACGAUGCAGCGAGAGAGGGAAGCUGAGGAAGCCAAAAAGAAGUCGAGGAGCAACCUGUUUGCGGAAGCUGAG